UGAGUAAUGAGUAUGAGUAUCACUAUCACUAUGACUAGCCCAUAAGUAACUGAAAAAAUAUGCAACCCACUACCAUUUCAACCAUUACUCCAACUACUAUUUUCUGACAGACAACCCACUCUUACUAUUACUCCUACUCUUACUCUUUCAGAUCUUUCUCUCUUUCCCCUACAUUCUUACCAACAAAACCAAUGAAGUCAACUAAACUCCCGCCAUUGUUAUUGCUCCUUUUUCUUCUCCUCUUCAUCUCUCUCCUCCCCAUAGCCGCACCCGCCGACGCUAACCCCACCGACGCCGCCGCCCUCUCCGCUCUUAAAUCUUCUCUUGGCGGCCGUUGGAAUACCACCGCUACCAACGCUUGUAACUGGCAAGGUGUUGAAUGUAGCUCCCAGGGUCGGGUUCUGGAGCUCCAUUUACCCGGUGUUGGAUUCGUUGGUUCUAUCCCUGAUUUCGUUUUGGGUAACCUUUCUUCACUUACCUUUCUCUCUCUCCGUUACAAUGCUCUUACUGGAACCAUUCCUUCCGAUUUUUCCAAACUUUCUAACCUCAAAUUCCUUUAUCUUCAACAUAAUCGGCUUUCUGGUCCGAUUCCUGCGGUUUUGUUUUCGAUGCGUAAUCUUACCCGACUUGAUUUGUCGGAUAAUCGAUUUUCUGGUGAGAUUCCAAUGGGUUUUAACAAUUUGUCUAAAUUAGCUACAUUGCUUCUUCAAAACAAUCAAUUAAAGGGCUCGAUUCCUGAUUUGAAGGUUAAUAAUCUUAACCAAUUUAAUGUUUCCCAUAAUUUGUUAACUGGGAAUAUUCCAUCCCAGUUUUGUGGGAUGCCAUCUACAGCUUUUGAAGGGAAUUCUCUCACUCCUUGCGCUAGUACUGAACCUUCUCCUUCCCCGAAUGGAGAUAUUGAUGUUGAUAAAAAUGGGCAUAAGAAGAAAAAAAAGCUUUCAGCUGGUGCUCUUGCAGGAAUCAUAAUCGGUAGUGUAAUUGCAUUGCUCGCCAUUUUACUCCUCAUCUUCCUCUGCUGUUGUAAAAGAAGCAAAAAGAAUGAACAGCAGAAUGCAACAAGAUCUCUCGAUUCAGCUACAGUACCUGCAUCUGGUGGUGCUGUUGGAGCUACAAAGCGCUCAGACGUCGAGACGGGCAGAGAAUCUACAACGGCAACAACAAAUGGCGAGAGCUCGAGUGCAGCAUCAGCUGCAAAAUCUGGUGGGAAAAGUGGGUCUGGUAUUGAUAAGACAUUGGUGUUUUUUGGUAAAGGGCCUAGAGUUUUUGAUCUUGAUGAUUUGUUAAGGGCAUCUGCUGAAGUAUUGGGGAAAGGUAACUAUGGAACCACCUACAAGGCGGCAUUGGAUAACGGCGUGGCGGUCGCAGUAAAGCGUUUGAAGGAUGUGACUGCAACAGAGAAGGAAUUCAAGGAGAAAAUGGAGGAAAUUGGAAAGAUUGAGCAUGAGAAUAUUGUUAGUCUAAGAGCUUAUCAUUGUAGUGCUAAUGAAAAACUAUUGGUUUAUGAUUAUUUCCCAAUGGGAAGCUUGUCUGCACUUUUACAUGGUAAUAGAGGAAGUGGAAGAACACCAUUAAACUGGGAAAUGAGGUCUGCUAUCGCCCUUGGAGCAGCUCGUGGCAUUACCUACAUCCACUCGCUGAACUCUACAUCCUCUCAUGGCAACAUAAAGUCAUCCAACAUCCUCCUUUCUAACUCAUACGAAGCUCGAGUCUCCGAUUGUGGUCUCGCACAACUUGCAACUCCAAGUCCAAGCUCUGCUCCAAACCGUAUUGCUGGAUAUCGUGCUCCUGAGAUCACGGACUCUCGUAGGGUGUCUCAAAAAGCCGAUAUCUAUAGUUUUGGUGUUUUCCUUUUGGAGUUGCUUACCGGAAAGGCUCCUACUCACGCCCUCUUGAACGAAGAAGGGGUGGACCUACCGCGAUGGGUGCAAUCAGUGGUUCAAGAAGAGUGGGCUGCUGAAGUCUUUGACAUGGAGCUUUUAAGGUAUCAAAACGUCGAGGAGGACAUGGUUAAGCUAUUGCAGCUCGCUAUCGACUGUACUGCUCAGUACCCUGAUAGCCGCCCUUCAAUGGCAGAUGUCACGAGUUACAUCGAGGAGAUUUGCAAAUCUAACUCAACGUCUAGGCAAGACACGCUUGCAGACAUAACUAGCGAUCUUGAGAUCACGUCUUCCACACCGAGUUAGGUCAAUUGCGAGAAAUUCACACCCGUUCUAUACCAUCAAUCGAUAAAAGAACCAUCGAUUCUCACAAUUGUUUACGUCAAUUUAUACGAAUACUUGAAAUUGUUUGUUCAUUCUUAAAGCUCUCCUCGUUUGAUCGUGAUUCAUUCCCCAUCGAAAAUCCUCUUCCUGUACUUAUUUUCUCGAUCGAACUUUCCCAUUAAUUUUGUUCCAAUGUUAUUGUACUAUAUAUUCAACAUUAUUGAUUAUUUUGAUUGAUUGUUCAUAAUAAAUCAAUGAUUAUUUUUUAGUGUUC